AUGCCCCAACGAGACGUGGUCACAUGGAACUCUCUCAUUACUGGGUACUGGAAAAAUGGCUACUUUCAAGAAUCAAAGCAACUGUUUGAAUCCAUGCCUCUUAGAAAUGUGGUGUCCUGGAACUCCAUGGUAGCCGGGUGUAUCGAAAAUGGGAUGGUUGAUGAGGCUUUCGACUACUUUCGAGCCAUGCCCGAGAGGAACAUUGCUUCUUGGAAUGCCAUGAUAUCUGGGUUUUUGAGGUGUGGCCGGGUGGAGGAAGCUAGUAAGCUUUUUGAGGAGAUGCCGCGUAGGAAUGUUGUUUCUUAUACGGCGAUGAUUGAUGGGUAUGGGAAGAGAGGGGAGAUGGAGAAGGCAAGAGGGUUGUUUGAUGUCAUGCCAAGUAGAAAUAUGGUUUCUUGGACUGUGAUGAUUAGUGGGUAUGUGGAGAAUGGGAGGUUUGAUGAAGCUAGGGAAUUGUACAAGCAGAUGCCGGAGAAAAAUGUGGUUGCAGUGACUGCUAUGAUCACUGGGUGCUGUAAGGAGGGUAAAAUGGAAGAGGCUAGAGAUUUAUUCGAUGAAAUUCGGGUGAAGGAUGAUGUCUGUUGGAAUGCAAUGAUAACAGGCUAUGCACAAAAUGGCAGGGGAGAGGAAGCAUUGAUGUUACAUUCACAAAAGCUCAAGAUUGGCUUGCACCCCGAUAACUGGACCCUUGUUUCUGUUCUAAUGGCUUGUUCUACUCUUGCGUCACUGAAGGAUGGAAGACAAGCUCAUGUGCUCAUUAUUAAACAUGGCUUCGAAUCAAAUGUCUCCCUAUGCAAUGCUUUGAUUACCAUGUAUUGCAGAUGUGGUGCAAUUCUUGACUCUGAGUUAGCUUUCAAACAAAUUGAGAGUCUGGACCUUGUCUCAUGGAAUACCAUUGUUGCUGCAUUUGCGCAGCACGGUCUCUAUGAGAAGGCUAUUGCUUUUUUCAACCAGAUGAGGGUGAGUGGCUUUGAACCGGAUGGCAUAACAUUUCUUAGUGUCUUAUCUGCUUGUGCUCGUGUGGGGAAGGUGGAUGAGAGCAUGGAUUUGUUCGACUCAAUGGUCCAUAACUAUGGUAUUUCCCCCAGGUCGGAACAUUAUGCUUGCUUGGUUGAUCUAUUGAGUCGAGCAGGUCAGUUGGAGAAAGCUUGCAAGAUGAUCCAAGAGAUGCCAUUUGAAGCAGACUUUGGGAUUUGGGGUGCUCUUCUUGCAGCUUCUAGUGUUCAUUCAAACGUUGAAAUAGGGGAACUGUCUGCUAAGAAUAUGUUAAAUUUGGAUCCCCAGAGUUCUGGCCCUUAUGUCAUAUUGUCCAAUAUCUAUGCAGCUGCCGGAAAAUGGAACGAUGUUGCUAGAGUGAGGAGUUUGAUGGAAGAGCAUGGAGUCAAGAAGCAACAGGCAUAUAGUUGGACAGAGAUUGGGAGUAAGGUGCACAAUUUCAUCGGAGGGGAUAUAUCACAUCCAGAUGUCGAUAAGCUUCAUUUGGUGCUGAAGAAGAUCAGCCUGCAUAUUGCUGCUGCUGAUAAUUUUGCAGACAUCAGUGUAUCAUGA